CUGACUAUCAUUCUCGACUCCAGUGAGUUAGUCAGUUAGUUGAGUGAGACAGUGACUUACCAUGGCUUACUUGCGAGCUUUCCUGUUGUCUUCUGUCGCUCUGCUUGUACUCUUCGUUAGAUCAGGAGAGAGCAUCAGAUGCUGGGUGUGUUCUUCAGACGUGGACCGUCGAUGUGGAGACCCCUUCAACAUGACCCAUCUGGCAGUGAUAGACUGUGACAGGGAGAGAGCCCAGAGCCCCUACCUGCAGUCCAUCGCCAUGUGCAAGAAGACAAAACAGAGAGUAAACAAUGAACUGAUCACGGUUCGCUCUUGUACCUGGGAGACGGACGACUAUGGCAGUGGACCUUGCUCAGAAAAUUCCGUCAGCUCAUACGCUAAGGUCGAAUACUGCAGCACCUGUAACACAGACUCUUGUAACUCCGCAGAUUCUCUAUCAAUCUCUGCAGCAAUGCACGGUCUUCUUCCUCUCUUCGCAGCAAUCUCCGUCAGUAGAUAUCUGACUGCUGACAACUGAAGAUCAUUGUUACCAUCUUUAGAUACUGUAUAAGAACUGGAUUGCUUUCAACUGAGAGUAUCUGUGGAAUACUGAUGAUCCAUGUUAAAGUUCCAAUGUGAGGUUUUGCACCCUUUUCUAUUCAAAAAUAAUUUUAUUAAUAACGUAAAACUUCAAGGGACUGUCAAAACAAAUUUUGAUUAUUUAUUUUUUAAUAUUCCAAUCAUAGAUCAUAUUUCUGUUUCCAACAUCUCAAUUUAUUUUCUAAUGUUUUAUUAAUUUUUUUUCAAUGCAAUGUUUUACCAUGAUGGUGUUCAUUCUUACUGUUACUGUCUUUUAACACCGGACCUACCAGUUGAUGGUUUCAAUAUUUUUAUUUGAUAAAUAACAUUUUGGGAGCAAUCCAGUUACAAUAAAACUUUAAUGGAACAAACCACCCAAAAAUAACUGCAAUAUAUCACAGAGAUUGUAAUAAUUUAGGCGUUAAAUUUAAUAUAUAACUCUUUUUUCAUGUUUUGGAUGAAAUUAAAUUAACUUUUUGAUAUACAAUUAUUUAAGUAAAUAUUAAGGCUACGGCCACACAGGCGUUUUUUCACACAAGAACGCAGCGUGAAAAAACGCAAGUAAUAUGAGCAGCAUUAAAUGAAAUGAGGUAUGCCACACGCAAUGUGUUUUCCCGCAGUAGCGGGCGCCCAUUUGUUUCAAUGCUACUUUAAUUUUUCGCGUGUUUUCACGCUGCGUUUGUGCGUGAAAAAACGCUCGUGUGGCCGCAGCCUUAUAGAUGGCCCAGCGUUUGCAAUGAACCUAUAUAAAGAAAGUGUAUACUGUAGAAAAAAAAUUUAAAAAUACACUUUAAUUACUUCAAUUGAUAAAAGAAUGUACCAAAAGAUUUUUUUCAAGCAAGAUUUGGUUUAAUUCAUGCUUCUUUUAUAAUUAUUUACUUUACAUAACAUUAUUUAUUGUGAUGAUAUUUUACGACAUGCAGUAGAUGUUAAAUAUUAAAUUUACAAGAGUUUAUGAAGUAAAAAUUUUGUAUCCAUUCCCCCCCAGGUAACGGAAAGAUUUUGAUGGUGACAUUCAAGUUUGAGUUUAAGAUUUUUAGUUUGCAUAAUAGUAUACAUUUAAGGGACAGGUAUCCGGUUAAAUAUUAAGUUACAUUUUAUCUGUAAAUGUUUGUUACACAUGUAAAUACAAUGUACAUUUGUAUGAAAAUUGACACUGAAACAUCUGCUUUCACUACCAAAUACAUUUUAAUAGUAAAAAAAGAAUUUACUUGUAAUGCGUUUUCAUAAAGCUUUAUAUUAAAUAAGCGAUUAUGCUAUUUUUUUUUUUAUUUUCAAACAAUAUGUAAGAUAGCUUAAGUUAGUUGAUUUAGAAUUCUACCAUAUAAUAUGUAUGAUUUAUCAUCAAAGAAACACAUUUACAGUUAAAUAGAAGAGUAUAAGUUAAAAUAAUGUAUUUAUCAUCAACUUGAUUCAACUCAAAGAUGAUUUAUAUUAAUAUUUGUUUUUUGUCUAAUGAUAACAUAUUUUUUAACCAAAUAUGAGUUUUGAGCUUUGUAAAUAAAUUAAGCUUAUAACAUUCAAAUUGUAAUUUUGACAAAACCUUAUAUCAGUAUUCCGUCCUUUGUAUAUAUGUUAGUGAUAAGUAUAAAUGCAUUUUGGUAUUAUUUAUUUCUUUAUAUCAUGUUUGGAGGAUAAACUUAUGCAAAAUGAAAUUAUGGUUUGUAAAUUUGUAAUAAAGUUGUCUUUUCUUUUGUGCUAAUAAUAUUCAUCUACAUUAAAUGUACUAUAGUUCCACUAAAUAGAAUUGAUACUUUAAUGUGCAAG